AUGCUGGAUCAUCUAGUUGGUCGCCCAUCUCCUUCUUGGAAGCGGACACAGGUCUUCCUUGUCAUCUUAUUCUGGCUAUGGCGGAUCGUGAGCGGCAACAAGCGCGGCCUCCCAUUUCUCUAUCUGCGCCCACUCAAUCGCAAGCUCUCACGAUUCUCUCCGUGGCAGCUCAUUGCCAGCACCCUCACUGGGGUUUAUAUCAUCAGGAAUUUCGACAAACUUCUCAAACUCCAGUCUCCGGAGCCUCUGGCUCGGUUGUAUUCGUCUUCCUACUACCGAGCAACAUGGAUCAACACCGGUCUCGAUGCUGGAUUCUCUACGGCUUUGUCUAUCCGCACCAAGUGGCUACGCGACUUGGCUUCAAUUCUAUUCUCCGUCUAUUACAUUCUUUAUCCGAACGAGGCAGAUGAGAAGGUUCGUAAAAAUAUAGCUUUAGUUAACAAGAUCUUAACUCGAUCAUACAGCUUCGACGUUACCGCGCUAUCCCAACUACAGAGCUUCUUCGAGUCUGUUGGGAGAAAACGAGCAACCCAUACGCACAUUCGUGCACUUACUCACCUACCAUCCGUUACCAUUCGUCGCAAAAUCCUAUUUUCCCGACCAUCCUCGUCCACUUACGAACGACCCAUCACUGCAUAUCUUUUCUUUGCCCUCCCUGAGAAACAACUUGGCAAAGCUACCGACCUGAUUCUCGAUUUCCCUGGCGGAGGCUUUGUAGCGAUGUCUCCAGAGCAUCACGAGGAACGUCUACGAAUGUGGGCAAUCUCGACGGGAAAACCAGUGUUAGCUAUAGAUUAUGGGAAAGCCCCCGAAUACCCUUACCCAUUCGCUAUCGACGAAGCAUUCGAAACAUACAAGUUGCUGGUUGAAUCAACUGGUACUCUGAUUGGAAUGUCUGGCAAGAAACUGAACAUCCUGAUAUCCGGUGACUCAGCGGGGGCCAACAUCGCAGUUAACGUCGUGUUGAAGAUCAUCGAGCACAACGAAAGUUCUGACAAUCGCGUUUCUCCUCCUUUGCCUCAACCUAUUGCCCUCGUUUUCAACUAUCCAGCGCUGGAUUUCAACUUUACUUCCUGGAUGACGCCUGAUCAUCUGCGAGUUCUUCGGACGGAAGAAUCAUCUGGCAGUCUUCCAGGUAUCAAAGAGCUUGCAGCCCAGAAGGAUCAUCUGAACCAUAUCGUUAGUAGUCCCCUCAGUAUGGUUGGCGACAAGCGACCCACUCGUCGGCGUAAACCUUUGAAAAGGCAGACCAGCUGGAAAGAUACCAUCCGCGGACUAACGGCUGCUGGGGAGAAGGCAGAAGAGUCGAGUAAAGAACCUAAGAAACGUCGUUCAUCCAGUGCUCUGAGGACACCUAGCAGUCGUCGCAGCACUUUUCUUGAACCGCGGCAGAACGAUUCGCCGACGGACGUAGACACCGACUCGGACUCUGAAGAUCAGGACUACGACCAGUAUCGUGAAGAAGAACGCCCCAUCCAGGCACGAGUACGAUAUGUCUACAAGGAUUCGUCGCAUCCUAAGACUGUUCUUCCGCGAAGUAAUUCGGCUCUCGUCAAGCAACAAGAAGAGUUGUCGAUGGCCGUUCAGCAAGCCGACUCCAAAGCGACACAACAGUUUGGCCAGAAAGAGCCUAUUGGGACCAGACUGACGAUGACCUCUCGAACUGGAUAUUUCCAAGACCGAAUUAUAACGCCUAGCAUGAUGCGCGCUAUGGCUAUCCUCUACAUCGGGCCAUACCGCAACCCCGAUUUUGCGACCGACUAUCAUUUAUCACCUAUCUUGGCACCCAGCAAACUGUUGGCGCAAUUUCCUCCAAUAUUAAUGCAAUGUGGAGAGAAAGAUCCAUUAGUGGACGACACCCUGAUUUUUGCAGGACGAGUCAGAGAGGCGAAACGAGCGCGCAAGGCUGAACUGGACCUUGCAGUCUCCGGAAAGAGUGCUAGAUUUGGAGAGAGUUUGCGGAUGAGCGCAAACGAGGCACCUGUCGAUCUCGGUGCUUUAAAGCGAGAGCGAGACCGACUCGCUCGACAAACCGAAGAAGACUGGGUCCAGCUUGUCAUUUGGUCCGAGUGGUCGCAUGGGUACCUGCAAAUGGUGGCAUUGAUGUCUGAAGCGACACAAGUCAUUGAAGAGUUAGCGGAAUGGAUCGAUGGUGCUUUUGAACGAUACAGUUCCAAGACCGUAUUACCGAUUAGUCGCCGACGAGGAGAAAGCCCAGCGAAGAAAGCAGAGCGCGCUGUAACAUCAGAGACGGAAACGGACGACAGUGGAAUCACUUUUGUGCCCCGAAGAAGAUCUCCGCCUUCAUCGUUAAAUGGAAGGAGGUCACCUUCGCCUAUAGAGAAUGGACACGGCCGUGGGACAAGUGAAACGGAUACCGCUGCUGGUCAGCGAACACGAGCUGGUGGACUUGCUAUUACGGAGAACGAAUUAAUCCAACGAAGGAGGUUGCUGGACGCACAUAUCUUCGAAUAA